CUCUUUUUCUCUUUUUCUCUUAAAAUGGAAUUACCUAAUGUUGGUCAACAUUGCGACCUUUCUCAUUGUAAUUCAUUAGAUUUUUUACCCAUAGUUUGUCCGUUAUGUAAACAUGUGUUUUGUGAAAAACAUAGAUUGCCAUUGAAUCAUGAUUGCUCACAGUGGAAUCUUGUGGACAAGCAACUCAUACAGUGUCAUAAAUGUUUAAAUCUAAUUAGUCCACCCAACUUAGCAAAGUUAAGUCCCGAGCAGACUCUUAAAGAGCACUUGGAGUCAGACUGCAGAAUCUAUCUCUAUCAGGAACCCAAUUCGAAGGUUGAAUUUGAUCGGAAAUGCGCAGUUCAAGGCUGUUAUGAUAUAGAUCCCCGCAUUGGCCCUGUAAGAUGUGAUGGUUGCAGACAAGAUUUUUGUUUAAGACACAGGCAUCUGUCCGCACAUAGCUGUGAAUCUCUACUUGCAGAUGAAAAGAGAAAAGCAGAACGAAAACUGGCAGCGCAGGAAAAAAUAGCUAAAACAUUUAAGGUGACGAAUAAGAUAGAAAAGGCACAAGCAAUUAAACCAGUGCCUGUCAAGAGUAAAAACGGCGGUAUGGUGGAACUCAUGAAGAUGAAGUCUCAAGCAAAGGGAGAUUUAUCUGUUCCGGCCGCUUCUCGUCUAUACAUUUAUGCACAGUGCCCAAAGGAAUCUUUUGUAGAUUCUUUAUCCGUCUUUUUUGAUAAGAAAAUUACUGUUGGAAGAAUGCUUGAUACUCUAGCUGACAUGUGUAAAAUAAACAAUAAGAACAAUACCAUACCUGAUACAGAUCCAGAGGUAAAGAAAGAAAGAGAGUUGACCCCAUAUAACCCAUCUUUUACAGCGUCUUCACAUUUACAAAUGUCCUGAAAUGACAGUCAUGGAUAAUUCUACACGCUUGGAGAAAGCUUUCAAGAACUUGGAUACGAUUCUCCUUGAAAGACAAGGAGCAUUGUCAAUGAAUGAAUAAACUCACAAAGUAAAAAAAAAAAA